GCCAGCAGCCGCUCCAGUCGGGCUGGGAGCUGCCGGGCUGCGCUCGCAGCGCCUGGCGGGGAGCCCCCCGGGGCGGGCUCGCCCCGACGGAGACCCCCGCGCCCCGCUCUCGAUGGGACUGAGCGCGGCGGCGGCUCCGCGCUCGGGCGGCGCGGGCGGAGCGCGCCCCGCGGGGGCGCCGGGCAUGGCCGCGGGCGGGCGGGGGCCGAGCGGGAGCCGCGGGCACAGCGCCCUCGCGGGGGGCCCCGCCGCGGCCAUGGAGCGCCGCUGAUCGCCGCCGAUCGCCGCCGGGAGACAAUGGCCCUGCACAAACUCUGCUCCGUGCUCGAAGUGUUGCUGGUAACAAUCCUUGUAGUGGAAGGGAUUGCCGUUGCACAGAAGACACAAGGUGGGCAAAAUAUUGGAGUGAAUCGCAUUCCCCCCACCCAGUGCGACAACUGGGUACGGACGAGUAAUGGAGGACAUUUUGCUUCACCAAACUACCCAAACAUGUACCCCCCAAAUCAGGAGUGCAUCUAUAUCUUAGAAGCUGCUCCACGACAAAGAAUUGAGUUGACCUUUGAUGAACCUUAUUACAUAGAACCCUCAUUUGAAUGUCGGUUUGAUCAUCUGGAGGUUCGAGAUGGACCUUUUGGUUUCUCCCCUCUCAUCAAUCGUUACUGUGGUUUGAAAAGUCCUGCGCUAAUUAGAUCAACAGGGAGAUUUAUGUGGAUCAAGUUUACGUCUGAUGAGGAGCUGGAAGGCAAGGGAUUUCAAGCAAAGUACUCGUUUAUACCAGAUCCUGACUUCACUUACCUAGGAGGCAUUUUAAAUCCCAUCCCAGACUGCCAAUUUGAGCUCUCAGGAGCUGAUGGAAUAGUACGUUCCAGUCAAGUAGAACAAGAAGGAAAAACAAAGCCAGGACAAGCAGUUGACUGUAUAUGGACAAUUAAGGCUACUCCAAAUGCUAAGAUCUACAUGCGGUUCCUCGACUAUCAGAUGGAGCAUUCAAAUGAGUGCAAGAGAAACUUUGUGGCUGUGUAUGACGGGAGCAGCUCCAUUGAAAACCUGAAGGCCAAGUUCUGCAGCACCGUGGCCAACGAUGUGAUGCUGCAGACAGGGACAGGGGUGGUGAGGAUGUGGGCAGACGAAGGCAGCAGACUGAGCAGGUUCAGGAUGCUGUUCACUUCAUUUGUGGACCCUCCCUGCUCAGGCAACACUUACUUCUGCCAUAGCAACAUGUGCAUCAAUAAUUCUUUAGUCUGCAAUGGCAUCCAGAACUGUGCAUACCCUUGGGACGAGAAUCACUGCAGAGAAAAGAAAAGAACUGGGUUGUUUGAACAGAUCACCAAAACUCAUGGGACAAUCAUUGGCAUCACAUCAGGGAUAGUUUUAGUUCUUCUCAUCAUUUCAAUUCUAGUGCAAGUAAAGCAACCUCGCAAAAAGGUCAUGGCUUGCAAGACUGCCUUCAAUAAAACCGGUUUCCAGGAAGUAUUUGAUCCUCCACAUUAUGAACUCUUUUCACUAAGGGACAAAGAAAUUUCUGCAGAUUUGGCAGAUUUGUCAGAAGAACUCGAGAACUAUCAGAAAAUGCGACGCCCUUCAGCAGCUUCCAGAUGCAUCCACGACCACCACUGUGGCUCCCAGGCCUCGAACCUAAAACAGAGCAGGACCAACCUCAGCUCCAUGGAACUGCCCUUCCGCAACGACUUUGCGCAGCCCCAGCCCAUGAAAACAUUUAACAGCACCUUCAAGAAAAGUACUUACACGUUCAAACAAGCUCAUGAGUGCCCUGAGCAGGGUAUAGAAGACAGGGUGAUGGAGGAGAUUCCAUGUGAAAUUUAUGUGAGAGGAAGGGAGGAUACGGCACAAGGUUCAUUAUCUAUUGACUUUUGACUUCCUGAUGAAGGUGGUAUCAGUGUAUAUACAAGAUGCUUGUGUACAUUGACAGUGUAUAUAUUGAAAGUGUACCAUAUGCAGCGUGUGAGAUGCACACACUUUUAGCUUAUUAUACUUCAUUUAAAAAACCCCCCAGUCUUCAUAACUAAUUCUUGCUGAAAAAUGAGGAGUUUCCUCCCAUCUUCCCAAGCUACCUAUCUAGUGGAAGAGUAAGACAGAGACUUUGCAUGGAAAUUAUAAGAAAGGAUAUUGGAAGAAAAAACCCUACAACUACUAAUCACUGAACACUGAAAACAAUGGCUACUAUUUUCUUCUGGCUACCAUUUUUCUCUUCUUUAGACGUCUGCUUUUGAAGACAAUUUUAAUACCUCACUUGCAUAAAUAAAAGUCGUUAAGUGCACCCCGUGUAUGUCAA